AUGGCAACUUCACUUCUUGGGGAGGAACCAAGGGUUGGAUCCACUCCAUUGGCCAUGUUAGCAGCAACCUGUAACAAAAUAGGGAGUUCGAGUCCCCCCUCGGACAGCGGCUCGUUUGGGAAAGGCGGCUUUCACCCUUGGAAACGCGCAGCGCCCAGCAGCUGCUCUCUCUCCCCGUUCGGCGCGCAGAGGAACGACUCUUUCAGCGCCAACAGCUCGUUCUCCUUAACGGGCACCACCACCUCCACCAGCCCGUUUGGAAACGACUAUCCGGUGUUUCAAACUUCAGUCGCCAACAGUUCUCAGGACCCGAGCGCGCAGUCCGUGUUCAUCUCGAAAGUGGACUCUCUCCAGGGGAUUUACCCGAGGAUGAGCGUCGCGCACCCGUACGAGACGUGGUUCAAAUCCGCGCAUGCUGGCAUCUCCUCCGGGGAUGGGAGCGGAUCCUCCUGGUGGGAUGUUGGCACAGGUUGGAUUGAUGUUCAAAGCGCGAAUGGUGCCGCGCUUCAGACCUCUUUGCAUUCGCCCCUGAGCGGCUAUAACUCAGACUAUCCCUCCCUCACUCACUCCGCGUUCAGUGCCAGCCCGUCUCCACAUCUCCUAAGCAGUGGGCAGCACCUGAUGGACGGGUUCAAACCAGUUCUCUCCGCCACCUACACAGACAGCAGCACUGGUGCCAACAGCGCGGUUUUAGGAGGGUCUCCUGUGGUGCCGUUGGCCGGGUCUCCGCGUUCCUCCACCAGGCGCUACUCGGGCAGAGCGACCUGUGACUGUCCGAACUGUCAGGAGGCGGAGAGACUGGGGCCUGCGGGGGCCAGUCUACGCAGAAAGGGGCUCCACAGCUGCCACAUCCCGGGCUGCGGGAAAGUAUACGGAAAGACCUCUCACCUCAAAGCGCAUUUGCGCUGGCACACCGGCGAGAGGCCGUUCGUGUGUAACUGGCUCUUCUGUGGGAAGCGCUUCACCAGAUCCGACGAGCUCCAGCGACAUUUACGCACACACACCGGGGAAAAGAGAUUCUCCUGUCCAGUGUGUAACAAGCGCUUCAUGCGCAGUGAUCAUCUCAGUAAACACGUAAAAACGCACAGCGCCGGGGAACCCGGGUCUAACGGGCUUAAAAAGAGCAGCGAUACCGACAGCGAACAGAGUGUACCGGGCAGCCCAGCCUGCCAAUCCCCGGAAAUGAUCCACAACACAGAACCCGUCCAGAACGGACUCUGAAAAGAACUAAAUGCAUGCGUGCAUUCUUAAAGAUAAAGGUUCAAAUGAGAAGCAAAACAUAAAUAUAACUGCAUUCUCAAAUUAUUGGAAAACUUGCAUAGUGCGUACAAAUCUGAAGAACCGAAAAACACAGCAUAAAGCGUUUAAUCUCCAAAGAGCCGCACAUUCUUAAAAAUAAAGCUUCUAAAAAAAGAGUUGUUUCUUCUGAGCGAUGCAAUAAAUCUUUUAAAAAGUUCCUAAAUUAAUAAUACAACUCUAAAGGACACUUUUCCACUACAAAGCACUUUUUUGUGGAAUGGAAACUGGUCUCAAACAAGUUCCCAAUUGAGCCACAGGUGCCAAUAAACCUUUCCUUUUGGAAAAGAGCAACUCUUAUUCUUGUUAAGAAGUUCAGAUUUUGUGUGCGUUCAAGAGGCUGCGAUGUUCAUUGACGAGCCUUUAUGUUUAAGAAUGUUCAGUGCGCAUUUAAAGGCCAGUGGAUUUAUCAGAAUAGACGCAAAUGUUCAAAAAUGUUUAAUGAUAAUUGUCUGUAAAUCAGCAGAAGGUCUCUCUCAGGUGUUCUUGGAUAUUUAAACCACUCCUUCAUGAAUAAAGUGAUCAAAUAACCUCGCAAUGGAGGUAAAGAUGAAACAAACUGCUGAACUUAUUUGCGCUGCAUUUCCAGAUUCCCCAUUCACUCCUGUCUCUUGAGGCACUUUAUUACUUCAGAUAGGAAAUCAAGGAUUUUAUUUCUUAGCAGCUGCACGUUUGUUUUUAUUAAACGGUUUUAUUUUGUGCAACUUGAUUUUGAAAUGCAAAGUCUCUAAUCGAGUGAAUCUACGAAAACUCACGCAUCAUCUGGAGGUUAAAAGCGCGCUUUUGUACAUUAGUCUUAAUUUCAUCGUGCAGUUGUUAUCUAGUGAAUCUCAACCCUUCUCAAUGCAAAGUGAGAUUGUACAUAGGAUUGUCUUGAAACUCUAUUUAUCAUCGAGUUUGAUUUGUGCUUUGAAGUCUAUCAGAGUCGCACUUUGAAUCUAUAUUUAUAAUUUCGGGAUCGAAUCAGCUCGAUCAUCUUUUGUUUAUCGUUUGUUUUAUUAUUAUUAUUUAAAUCAGCAUGUGUGUUUGUAUUUACUGACCGUUUACUUUGAGAUAAUAAAGUCACAUUUGACUUGGA